AGGCAGGUCUCGCUCGAGCCCACCAAUGAGACGAGGCAGUUCGGUUCUUUUGGGGUACAUCGCAAUGAAUGGGUGUCGGUGCUUUACAAGGCAAAGGAGCAAUCACAACAAGACGCGGAUAUUGAGGGGAUGCGGCAUCGGCACGCGGGAGCUGUCCACCAGCAGAACAGCAACGACACGGACGCUCGUGACAGUCAAAAGGAAGGAUCUCGUCCAGUCGCCGCGCUCUUUAGUUUGCCGCCCCCACCGCCAUCGAUAAAGGAGCGAUCCACCUCCUCACAUCACAGCCAACAUGUACAGUCCUGUCCGGAACGCGGCAGCAGGAACGGCGAGUGCGUGCCUCUGACCGGCCACUGCAGCCUUGCGCACACUGAUCGUGUGCCUAACGACAGCCAGCCGCAUCCGUUUCCAGGGGCCUCAUCUGGCUCUCAGUGUCAUUUUGAGGGGCUCUCGCAGAGCAGCCAUUCUCCUCAGCACAGAUCUUCAGUUUCCCCGCAGCCCUCCCCAUCUGAUCUGCUGCCGUCGCCUCUGCCUUCGCACAUUUCUAAUACACGGGAUACGCGCCAAAAGAGUGCUAAUUACAAACAAGACAUCUUACAGCGUCGCGUCGAGGAGGGGGGGCGUCGAGACCAAAACCAGUUGCUGCGGCAACCUUGUUAUAAUCAACAAAAGGACCCCUCCUUUGAGCUACUCUUGCCAAACUCUUGUCAAGGACAGAUAAAUGCACGCGAGGAAGCAGAAAAGGAGAGGCAAGUAAUUGAGCCUCAGGCUCAGUUACUGUUGGGCAGCAGCUUGCCCGUCAACUACUGCAUCAGCGGAUCGGGGCAAGUGUUCAGAAACAAGCAAGCGCCGCUGUUGCAGCAUCAGCAUCAGCAUCAGCAGGGUCGCGCGCAGGAGCACAGCCUCCAGCGGCAGCAGAGUGACCGAGACAGCAGCGGGUACCAGGAGGGGGAAAUCGCACUCUGUCAGCCGUAUCAAUGCGAGCGCGCGCUAGAGAGAAACUCGUCGGUGUCUAGUAGUGACAACAGCAGCCCCCCGUACGGCUCUAGCAGUCAACUGUGGCCAGAGCCCCACGACGAGGAGGACAGGAGAAAUCGCUCAAGCAAACACAAGGCACAUGCUGAGCGAACAAAGCUGAGCCAUGCUGGAUCCAAGCCCUCCCUCUCUGAGAGCAGUCACUCACUCCCUCAGAUAGCCAUGAACAGCUGCAAGUACAAUGGAGGAGUGGUAAGGCCACUGGGAAGCCUGGCAGCAUCAAGACGCAACCUAGCAGAGCAUGACUCUGAGACCCAGCCGCUCCAGACUCUUCACAGCUCCGGCCUGGAAGUGGUUGUCUCUAAGGGCAGUGGCGAGGACCCCAGCAAGGCGUCCAAUGAGAGCCUGGUCCGAGAGAGUGGCAACGCACCACAGAAAAAAAAUAAAGAUAUUGGCUACAAGUUGGGCCACAGGAGGGCACUUUUUGAGAAGCGCAAGCGGCUUAGUGACUAUGCCCUGAUAUUCGGUAUGUUUGGGAUCGUUGUCAUGGUAACAGAGACUGAACUGUCUUGGGGGGUUUACACUAAGGAAUCUUCAUAUUCAUUUGCACUGAAAUGCCUUAUCAGCCUUUCCACUGUUAUUUUGCUUGGUCUUAUAAUAAUGUACCACGCUCGGGAAAUACAGCUGUUCAUGGUCGACAAUGGAGCGGAUGACUGGAGGAUAGCCAUGACAUAUGAGCGCAUCUUCUUCAUUGUCCUGGAGCUGCUGGUGUGUGCUAUUCACCCAAUCCCGGGCCAGUAUGUGUUCACAUGGACGGCCCGGCUGGCUUUCACCUACGUGCCCUCCGUGGCAGAUGCCGACGUAGACAUCAUCCUUUCCAUCCCCAUGUUCCUCCGCCUCUACCUGAUUGGCCGGGUCAUGCUCCUUCACAGCAAGCUCUUCACUGACGCAUCCUCACGCAGCAUAGGUGCCCUCAACAAGAUCAACUUUAACACUCGAUUCGUUAUGAAGACCCUUAUGACCAUCUGCCCGGGCACCGUUCUGCUGGUCUUCAGCAUCUCCUCCUGGAUCAUCGCAGCCUGGACCGUUCGGGUCUGUGAAAGGUAUCAUGACAAACAGGAAGUCACUAGUAACUUUCUUGGAGCUAUGUGGCUAAUUUCCAUAACUUUCCUAUCAAUUGGCUAUGGAGAUAUGGUUCCUCAUACCUACUGUGGGAAAGGGGUCUGUCUGCUCACAGGAAUCAUGGGAGCUGGUUGCACUGCACUUGUAGUCGCAGUGGUAGCCAGAAAGUUAGAACUGACAAAAGCUGAGAAACACGUCCACAAUUUCAUGAUGGACACCCAACUUUGUAAACGAGUAAAGAACACAGCUGCCAAUGUACUCAGGGAAACAUGGCUCAUCUACAAACACACCAAGUUAGUAAAGAAGAUAGAUCAUGCCAAAGUGCGCAAACAUCAGCGCAAGUUCUUGCAGGCCAUUCACCAGCUCCGCAGUGUGAAAAUGGAGCAGAGGAAACUCAAUGACCAGGCCAACACUCUGGUGGACUUGGCGAAGACUCAGAAUGUGAUGUACGACCUGGUGUCAGAGCUGCAGGAACGCAGUGAGGAGCUGGACAAGCGUAUUGGCACGUUGGAGGACAAGCUGGACGCAGUCACCGGCAGCCUGCAGGCUCUGCCCUGUCUGAUCUCCCAAGCCAUAACUCAGCAGCAGCAGGACCUCCUGGAUGGCUUCAUGCACCGCUUCUGCCCUGCUUCGCUGGGCUCGGAACGCUCUUGGACCCCUUCCAGACGGCGGCGCUCACCCUCCACUGCCCCGCACACUUCCUCCGACAGCGGCUAACGUGGGCCCGGACCUGCUCACUGCUUCCAAAGGUCUCAGACUUAUUCGCAAAAGAUGAUCAAGCCGAGAUUGAGGACUUGUGUUAAUAAGUAGAGACGAAUGAUCAAAAAUAGUAGAUAUAUGGUUUAUGUUUAGCCAUUGUAUGGCUGUUCAAGUUAGCUUUUUUGUAAAGCCCUCAUAUAUUUACAAGACUGAGUUCAGGAAGCUGGAGUGAGUCCAGGAAACCGGUUUUUCAAACUGCGAGAUCACAGGGUCCAGAGUGAACCAACGCAGACCACAAAGGAGCGACGCACCUACAUAGAAGAGAUUCACUGGUCCUGUAAGACAUCUGUUCCAGGAUGAGCCCCGAAAACACGUCACUUCAGCAUUCAGCUGGAGACGCAGGAGCACAUGACCUUACUACUGAGUAGAAUAAUGCAGGAAUGCCAACCUUAAGGAUUCAGUUGCCCUGCUCCGUUAAGUGAAAUUGGGUGCAACUAACCUUUUUUAGUUACAUAUUGGCAUGUUAUUUUUUUCAGUGCCUGAAUGUAUAGAUUGUGGAGGGUUGUCCAUUUACAAAUUUUGGAGCGAGUUUUUGUACAAUGUUAACACAAGCAUUGCAUUCCUUUUUCAGAUACAUUCCUCUUGAAGACAUUUAACUUGUCUGUCUUAACAAAUACCAUUAACUCUGUCGUAGUCUUCUCUUAUUUUCUAAAGCCUUUCAAUAUUUCCACCAGUUAGGGAAGGAAAAGAUGGAAGGAGGUAAGGACAGGAAGGAAGGUAGGAAGGAAAAAAGGAAAGAAAUAUUGGAAGGAAGAAAAUCAAGGAAGCUGGUAACACUUUCAUUUUAACAAAAUCUGAGCUUCCAGAAGUGUUCACAUUACCAAGAGGCUGCGUUUUUGAAUCUGAAAUGAGAGCACAGAGUGCUAAAUGCUGUGGUAGGCACAAAUGUAUGACAGGACUGAGAUUGAAACCUUGCAUGUUUCAGUGCAAUUGUGACGAAUGGAUUAUGGAUGGGUUUUUUUCAAAUGUGUGUGUGUACUCUUUUGUUUUAUUUCACUUAUUUUUUACACAGAGAUGCAUUGAAUAGUAUUUUUAGAAUUGCAAAUAUAGCGGUGCAGUAAUAUGGUAAUGUAUGUUGGAUGCAUUCCUUGUUUUACCUACAAAUGAAUUCCUCAACCAAGAGAUUGGCGAAUCAGUGAAAACUAGAAUUAACACUAAACAAAUCAUUCUGUAA